GCAUGCGCAUACGCGUACGACUCAGUGUUCGCGACCAGGAAAAAAGCAGAACAGCAACACAUUGGUCUGCCUAUGGCCGAACGAGCCACGGCUCUGAGAAAUAUUACAACAAAGAGAGAGUUUGACUUAAAAUAAUACAGGUGGAAGCGACCGAGCAGGGGAAGCCACGCAUGGCUCACCAUAUGGACGUUGUGUCUUGAGAGGAGGACAGUAUGUUUACAUGAGGGCUCUUGAGACAGAGCGCUGACCGUUGAAAGAAUCGCAGAGUCGGGUUGCGUUGAUCGGUGAAGACAUUGCCGAAGAUGCUGAAGAGAUUGGCCGCGCCGGCGUCAUGCAGCAGCUGCCUUCUCGCCUUCCUCCUUGCCUUCGUCUCGCCCAGGUGUACGCAGUCUAUCGGUGCCGACAAAACUAUGGUGAACAAGGAGGAUUAUUAUAGCGCCACAGUCAACGCCACCGUUUUGGACCAUAAAGGCAAUCCUCAACAUUUAGUGACGAAGAAUGACGGGCGGUACGGGCAGAAUUCUCCUAAAACAGAGGCGAAGGGGAUUGUGAUCGCACCUGCUGCUGUCAAUGGGGCGGUGGAUUUGCAAGGCUGCUGUCCGCACACCCGGUUUGUAGUGCCUCCGAAGACCACACACUGGGUGGCCAUUAUGCAGAGAGGGAAGUGCACCUUCAAGGAGAAGAUCCUUAAGGCAGUGGCUUUCAAUGCCUCGGCCGUCAUUAUCUACAAUAACAGCACCAAAGAGGACACCGUCACAAUGGCUCAUGAAGGCACUGGAGACAUAGUGGCAGUGAUGAUUACUGAGUCCUUUGGAAAGGAAAUUCUGGGAUUCCUGGAGAAGAACCAGACUGUGCUGGUCUCCGUGAUGGUGGGGUCACGAGGGCUGCCUAAAAACAUCAACCGCGGCUCCUUGGUGUUCGUCUCCAUCUCCUUCAUUGUACUGAUGAUUAUCUCGUCUGCUUGGCUAAUAUUCUACUUCAUCCAGAAGAUCAGAGACACCAGCGCAAGGGACCGCAGUCAGCGACGGCUGGGAGAUGCUGCCAAGAAGGCCAUUAGCAAGCUGACUACCAGGACAGUAAAAAGAGGGGACAAGGAAACAGAACCAGAUUUUAAUCAUUGUGCGGUGUGCAUCGAAGGUUAUCAGCUAAACGAUGUGGUCCGCAUCCUACCUUGCAAGCAUGUCUUCCAUAAAAUGUGUGUGGAUCCAUGGCUAAAUGAGCACUGCACCUGUCCCAUGUGUAAACUCAACAUCCUUAAAGCUCUGGGGGUUAUGCCCAACCUGCCCUGCGUGGACAACAUGGCUUUUGACAUGGACCGAAUGUCCCGCAGUCAGACUUCCAGCCAGAGGACGGCGCUGGUGGACCUGUCCUCUGAGACCAGCAUCAGCCUGGAGCCUCUACACCACUCCAGUUCCUCCCAGCUUCCCUCCGACGAAGAGCUCAUUCCUCGCUCCGGAGAGAUCAACAUCGCUGUCACUAGUGGUCAUUUCUUCAACCGUAAUUCUGUGUCUCCGCGCAGUGUAGAUUAUGAAAUGGAGCUUCCAGACAUCCAGGCAUCACUGGACAUGUACGACACCAACAACAAAUCCUGAGGACAUGCAUCUCCUCCACCUCAAGUCCAUUCCUCCAUCGUCCUCCCCGACCCCAGACUAUGGGGAUCAACCUUUAUGAGUGUGAAAUGGAGUAUUGACAGUGAACACACUGACUCUGGCGAUAAACUCUACCACUGUAGAAUGAUCGGUCGCCUCAAGCGGA